AUGAUCCCAAAUGAAGCCCAUCAGUAUACAGGAAUUACCCAGUUACUUCAUCAUUUCAAGUGGACAUGGAUUGGGAUCUUUGCUGUGGAUGAUGAGAGUGGAGAUCAUUUCCUGAGGGCCCUGGAACUUUUUCUUUCACAGAGUGGAAUCUGUGUAGCCUAUACAGAAAGAAUACCAAACCAAUUCAGUUUCCACGAUAUGCAAGUAUUUUUAGAUAUGGCUGGGAAUAUUCUUCCACCUUUAAUGGAUAAGAAAGCAAGAACAUUUGUCAUUUAUGGUGAUACACUGACCCUCAUGGGGUUGUUUACAUUAAUGAUGCUAGCAGAUCUUGGAUAUGGAGAAAAUACAUCUGUUGGAAAGGUUUGGAUUACCACAGCUCAGAUUGAUUUUGCAAGAACGGCUAUUGGACAGGGUUUCAAUUUUGCGCUAUGUGAAGGCACAAUUUCAUUUUCGAUUCACUCAAAUAAACCUCAAAGGUUCCAGUCCUAUCUUCAGAACACAAACCUUUCCUGGAGCAAGGAAAAUAGCUUCCUCAGGGAGUUCUGGGAGCAAGCUUUCCUCUGUUCAUUUCCAAGUCACGGGGUACCAGUAUUUCCUGAUGCAUGCACUGGAGAGGAGAGGCUGGAGAGUCUACCUGGGGUUGUUUUUGAAAUGGACAUGACUGGACAUAGCUACAGCAUCUAUAAUGCUGUCUAUGCUGUAGCAUAUGCUCUGGAGGCUGUGUACUCUUCCAGAUCGUACCACAGAGCAAUGAUGGGAAGUAAUGAAUUUGAACUUCAAGAUCUUCAACCUUGGCAGCUACAUCAAUUCCUUCCAAACAUUUGGUUCAACAAUUCAGCAGGCGAAACAGUGUCCUUUAAUGAAAAGAGAGAAAUGGUCGCUGGAUUUGAUAUAGUGAAUUUCCACCUGUUCCCAAACAAUUGCUUAUUUAGAGUCAAAGUUGGAAGCCUGGAACCCAAUGAAGAGAAAUCAUUCCUUAUUGAUGAAAGUAUGAUCAUGUGGCAUAGGAAUUUUAAUCAGGCACUGCCCCUUUCAGUCUGUAGUGACUCCUGCCACCCUGGUUUUCAGAAGAGAAGGAAAGAAGGGGAGAAAUUUUGCUGUUAUGAUUGUGCUCCAUGCCCAGAAGGGAAGAUUUCAGACCAAAUGGAUAUGGCUGAUUGUAGGCAAUGUUCGGAAGAUUGGUAUCCAAGCAACAAUCAAGAUCAUUGUAUUCCCAAAUUUAUAACCUUUCUCUCUUAUGAAGAACCUUUAGGGAUCUCUUCAGCCUCUGUGGCUGUUUCUUUUUCCCUGGUCACAGUCUUAGUGCUAGCAACUUUUAUCAAGCACAAAGAUACCCCCAUCGUCAAAGCCAACAACCUGGAAAUCACCUACACUCUCCUCAUCUCCCUCCUGCUCUGCUUCCUCGGCUCUUUGCUGUUUCUUGGACAACCUGGAAAAGUGACCUGUUUUCUCCGGCAGCCUGCUUUUGGCAUCAUCUUCUCAGUGGCCAUUUCUUGUGUGCUGGCCAAAACCAUCACUGUGGUUGUCGCUUUCAUGGCCACCAAACCAGGGUCCAGCAUGAGGAAGUGGGUGGGGAAAAGAAUGGCCAACUCCAUUGUCCUUUCCUGCUCCCUUAUUCAACUUGGUAUUUGUGUGGUGUGGCUGGGAACCUCUCCCCCAUUCCCAGAUUUGAACAUGCACUCACUUGCUGGAGAGAUCAUAGCAGAAUGUAAUGAAGGGUCUGUCAACAUGUUUUAUCUUGUUCUGGGCUACAUGGGACUUUUGUCCAUCAUAAGCUUCACUGUAGCUUUUCUUGCCAGGAAAUUGCCAGACACCUUUAAUGAAGCCAAAUUCAUCACCUUCAGUAUGCUGGUGUUUUGCAGUGUUUGGUUGUCUUUUGUUCCCACGUACCUCAGCACCAAGGGGAAAUCCAUGGUGGCUGUGGAGAUCUUCUCCAUUUUAGCCUCUAGCACUGGAUUACUGGGUUGCAUCUUUUCUCCUAAAUGCUACAUCAUAUUGCUAAAGCCUGAGCUUAACAAGAGGGAGCAGCUGAUAAGGAGAAAAACACACACACACACACACCUCUCUCUUCUAUAUUACUAA